ACCUCCCUCCAGGUGUCGCUGCGUGUUUCACCCAAACACAGCAUACGUCGGUAUGACCUCGGAACGCAAAGCGGAGGCAGAGAGAACAAAGUCUGAAAACAUGGAGGCUCUUAAGUGGAAAAGAGCGAGCGGACUGGGAAGACGGCCUUUAGAUGAAUGGACACAGGGGGUGAAUGUAAAAACCGAGGGUGGCGGUAACGCAACAGCUUGGGUGCCGACUGCCGUAAAAAACCACGAAGAAGAAGAAGAGGAAGAAGAAGACGACGAAGAAGAAGAAGACGACGUCAUACGUAAACACCAGCACCUCCCAUGGCCUGCGGGUUCUCCUUACCCCGUCAGCUGUGCAGCCAUGAUGCAAAUAAAAAGCCGCAUAAGAUACAGCUCGCUGGGCAUCGCCGCCGCCAGGCUGUUUGCCUCCGGUCCCCAGAAGAACCCGGUCGUGUUUCUGGACAUCGAGGCCGACGGCGAGCCUCUCGGAAGAAUAGUCAUCGAGUUGAGGGCGGAUGUCGCGCCGAAGACUGCAGAAAACUUCAGAGCCCUGUGCACAGGGGAACAUGGCUUCGGGUACAAGGGGUGUGUGUUUCACAGGAUCAUACCUGAGUUCAUGUGUCAGGGAGGAGAUUUCACUAAACACAACGGCACAGGAGGGAAGUCUAUAUAUGGGAAAUCGUUCGGAGACGAGAACUUCAAAUUAAAACACACCGGUCCAGGAAUUCUUUCCAUGGCAAACUCGGGGCCAAACACCAAUGGCUCCCAGUUCUUCAUUUGUACGACUAAAACGGAAUGGCUUGAUGGUAGACACGUGGCGUUCGGGCAGGUGAAGGAAGGUAUGGACGUGGUCACCAAGAUGGAAUCCUUUGGUUUACAUGAUGGCAGUGUUAUCAAGAAAAUCGUCAUCACCGACUGUGGGGAGAUCAAAUAACGCCAAAGAUCACGGAUGGCUCAGUAUGCAGCCAUUUGGUAUUUACUCCAUCGUUCCUCCUGUAUCCAUGAUACUUUCAAGGAGGAGCUGUCACAGGUGAUCCCCUAAAAGCUGAUAUUUCUGCUGUUCAUUAUGAUGUUAAAAGAGUUUUCAUUUCAGGCAUUUCAGGCUAUUUAUAUUGUGUGUUUGCUUAUCAAUAAUGCUGAUAAUGGAAAGACAGGGAUUUACACUGAUACAUGUUUUUCUUGGUUGUUACCGAUCUCUUGCUUUUCUAAAUUUUAACUUGACCCAGAAAGUUGUUAUUGUAUGACUACUCUCCAUUUACUGCAAAAUAAAUGACCAUUUUCAGAUUUUA